AUGCCCCUCCAAACGCAUCCCGAUUUCGUUGCAAUAGACUUGACAUUACAUGUCGACGGCAAAGAACCACAGCAUAUCCCAAUCGACGGUGCAGAAUCUAUAUAUGUCCAAAUUCCAGGCGGUGUCAAGUACCGUAUGACAUUAAGAUUUAAAGUUAAGAAUAGAGAGUUGAGCAAUUUAAAAUAUAAACAAAAUGUCAAAAAAGCCGGUGUCACGGUUCGAUCAAGAGAAGUUGAUUUGGGCACUCGUGAACCUUCAGAAACGGAAAUUUACGAACAAGAUUUCCCCGAGGAUGAGACUCCUGGUGGUUGGUUAAUGAGGGGCAAAUAUGCUGCUACCUCAUAUUAUUCCGCAGGUGACGAGAUGUUGAUUGUUAAUGACUGGACCCUUGAGAUAACUGCUUAA